UCAGUAAACAUUUAUUAUAAAAUCGUUCAAGCAAGCAGUACUAAUUUUUUUUUUAAGAGUUAUGCCCCCCUUUAAGCCUGCCAGGAAACUUGGUUUACAAGGAAAUUUAGGCUUAAAUCCUGAAAAAUCAGCAGAUUAUUUCAUUGAGUCUCAGCAACAAGAAAAGUUAUUGGUUAAGCCUCCUAAUUGGUGUUUACCUGGCAAUGAAAUCGAACUCCUAGCUCUUCAAAAUAAAUGUGAGAACCUUCAAAUGCUUCAACUUCAACACACAAUGCUUGAAGAUGUCAAACAAAAGAGCAUUAACAAUUCCAAGCGACUUGAUGAAAUCAUUACCAUGCAAAAUGAGAUCCGUGAGCGUAUGAUUAGGGCAAAUGAUUUUUUCAAAGAUUUUGAUACCCAAAAGAGAUUGGCUGAAACAACAAUUUCCCAUGAAAAGCAACUUCACAUGGAGCUUAAAACUUCUAUAACCACUGUACAAGAAAAUACUGAGGUCAUGACAAAAUUUUAUGAGGAUCUGAAGAGUGUCAUUACGCAAUUAGAACCAUAUAGAGCUAUAAUGGAAGAAGUUGUUGUCGUUUCCAAUGAUUGUUCUUCGAUCGAGGACUGCAUGAAAAAAUGUGAUUCCUUAAUGAUUACACAAGCUGAAGUUUGUGAACUUCAAAAGAAUAAACUUCAAGAAAUCGAAAGUAUACGUCUUGAAAUGAUAAAACUUACAGAUAAGGCUAAGCUGGCACUUCUUGGGCUUAAUAGUGAACUUUCUGAGCUGGAGAGAACCAGUGCUCAGGUACAUUCAGAAUGUUUGAGAUUAGAAAACAUAAUUGGAGAUACAAAGGAUUGUUUAAUUGACCACAAAACCACCAAGAGAAGAAUUAUUGAUGGGAUUACAAUAAUGUACCGCUUAGUAUGUAAACGCAGAGGUUUAAGUCCGAUUUUUAGUGAAGAAGAUGUUGAGAAGAGAUUGGACUUUAUAAAAGAAGAAAUUGAAAUUUUAAGAGAUGUUAUAAAAGAAUGUUUGAAGAAUUAACAAUUGAAAUACUUUCAUUCGCCCCUUACAAAGACGAGGAGCUUGAAUAUUUUUUAAGGAACGCCAUUUUAAUUUGUUAAAGAUGGAUCUCUUACUUACGUUUUUAACUUCUUUUGGAAAAUUCUCAACAACGAAAAAUGGUGUAGUUCUUAUAUUUUGAUAAGAAUUUUUGUAAUGUUUGUAUGUAUUUUAUUUCUUUUAAUUUAAUAAAUAAAUAA